GCUGUCCACCACCAAUCUGCUGCAACCACCGCCGAGGGCCUUCAUUCCAGUCUCCAUACGCCAUCGAGCCACCACCGCCGACAGCCAUUCCCCAGCCGGCCCCCUGCACACCGUAAUCUCACUCUCCGGCUACCACUCCUCCUACCACCUCCAGGACAUCACGACCAGCACUCCGAUUACGAAUAUUCUUGCAGAAACCCUACAGCACAGGAAGGCGGUCGAAGUGUCCACAUUCCACACUUUAUAAACCCUAAAUCCUAUAUACUCACAAUCCCCAAGUAUCCAAAUCGCCAAGGUUCUAUUGCUCGAUCAAUUAACAUUCAAAAUGUCAUAUCACGAUGAAGAAGAAUCCUCCGGCAGUGAUUCCGAUACCGGAUUUGCCGAAGACAUGGAAGCUCUUAGAAGGGCCUGCUCUGUCACAGGCGUCGACGAUGCUGUCGACGAUCUCCCCAAAUCAUCCACUGCCGAUGACGAUCAUGAUGAUGCCACUUAUGCGUCUGAGGACGAAGACAUUGAGUUGCUUCGUCGGAUUCAACAACGUUUUUCUGUUCCAACCACAGACGUUGGCAAUGAACAGCAGCCUGUUUCUAUGAGACCAUUAAAUACCAUUCUACCUUCGGGCUUAUCGGAGGAGAAUGAUGAUUAUGGGGACGAUUUUGAAACUCUCCGUGCCAUUCAACGGCGGUUCUCGCAGUACAAUGAUAGCAUGAACAACAGCAUGGAGAGUUCUUUACAGAGUUCAGAGCAGGUUGGUGCAACUAACAUAGACUUGGAAAAGGAAUCAUCCACUAAUUUUUUUGUAAAGAGUAUUAAUAAUGGACAAGGAUUUCCAGAUUGUGUAGAUGGAAGAGCCACCGAUCAGAAUUUGGAUUUUCCCAGUAACAUUACCCCUGACAUUCUCCAUGAAAAUGUGAGUGAAGGGCAUGAGCCUGGUUCUGAACUUGUUCCAGUCACAGAUUGUGGGUUUCCAAGAUCUGCACAGGCAUUUGUUGAAGCCAUCAAGAAGAACAGGACAUGCCAGAAAUUUAUACGUAGUAAAUUAGUUCAGAUUGAAGCCAGGAUGGAAGAAAAUAAAAAAUUGAGGGAGCGUGUUAAAAUUCUAAAAGACUUUCAGGUGGCUUGUAGAAAAAGAACAGGCCGAGCAUUGUCUCAGAAAAAGGAUGCACGCAUCCAGCUCAUUUCAGUUCCAAAGCAGCGAGCCAAUGCUAAGGGUAAGGAUAAAAACACGCAUGCAAUUUAUCAAGGUCCUGCUGAGAAUUCCCAUGUUGCAAUUUAUAGAGAUGUAAUUUCAAAAUAUCCAUUCUCGUUGAAUAGGGAACCUUGGUUAAAAGAGGAUAAGGAGAACCUGAUGAAGGGAAUCAAACAGCAAUUCCAGGAGACAUUAAUGCACAAUCUUUUCAGUGCUGGAGAUGUAGAUUCUCGUUAUUUGGAUAGCAUGAUCGCGAAAAUUGGAGAUCAUGAAAUAUCUCCCGAGGAAAUCAGGCUAUUCGUUCCCAGGGUUAAUUGGGAACACCUUUCUUCCAUGUAUGUCCAAGGACGGUCUGGUCCUGAAUGUGAAUCGAGAUGGAUGAACUGUGAGGACCCCUUAAUUAAUCGUCAGUCUUGGACUGUACAAGAAGAUAAGAAGCUUUUAUAUGUUGUUCAGAACGAGGGAUUUAGUAACUGGAUUGACAUUGCUGGGCUACUGGGAACAAAUAGGACGCCUUUUCAAUGCUUGUCGCGUUUUCAGAGGAGUCUUAAUGCAUCUAUAAUAAAAAAUGAAUGGACGACUCCUGAAGAUGAGGAACUUCGUAUUGCUGUAUCAGAGUAUGGGGAAACUAACUGGCAGCUUGUUGCUUCUACACUGGAAGGACGGACUGGUACCCAGUGCUCGAAUAGGUGGAAGAAGUCCUUGAACCCACUCAGGGAAAGAGUUGGGAAAUGGGCUCCCGAUGAGGACAAACGUCUCAAAAUAGCUGUUAGGCUAUUUGGGGCCAAAAAUUGGUAUAAGAUAGCUAGAUUUGUGCCUGGAAGGACGCAAGUACAAUGCCGAGAAAGAUGGGUUAACUGCUUAGAUCCGUCACUUAAUAUGAAUGAGUGGACCGAAGAAGAGGAUUUGAAGUUGAAAGAAGCAAUUGCUGAACAUGGAUAUAGCUGGUCUAAGAUAGCUGCAUGUAUUCCCCCACGCACCGACAGCCAAUGUCGAAGGAGAUGGAAGGUCCUGCUUCCGCAUGAAGUUCCUAUGCUACAAGCAGCCAGAAAGAUGAAAAAGGCUGCUUUAAUAUCUAACUUUGUCGAUCGGGAGGAGGAGCGUCCUGCUCUCACUGCCAGUGAUUUUAUCCCACCACCUCUGCUGAUUAAGUCAGCUCCCAAGGUCAAUGAAGCUCGUUUAAGCACAAAGAAUAAAAGACAAAGGUUGCCACCAGAGCACCAUGUGCAUGAUACUUCAUCUGGAACUGUUGUUGUAGUUAGAUCCAGGAGGGCUAGAAAGGUUACUCAUACUGAAAAAGUACUGAGAUUAACGGAUGUAGAGGAUAAUGCUGACGUCACAGACAAUGGAAGAUGGAAGAACAAGCCGACAUCAUUGAAGAACAAGUCAAGCAUCUUGGUGAGGGGCACAGAACUACACAAUGGUGAAGGAAACAGAGCAUCUGUUGGGGACAAUGCUGAAAUGAAAGGUGAAGUCGCUGGAAAGCAGAAGCGGAAACGAAGAGGCAAGAAAGAAGAUGGAGAAAUUUUGGAAGCUGAUGCUAUUUCAAAGGAGAAUACCAUGAGAAGAGCAAAUGAAGGAUGCGAGUUGGCAGAAUCUGAAGUUGAUGAUGUCUCCUAUGAUCCAUGUUUACUUGAGGUUCUUGCGAAUGAACCUUGUUCUUGUCGAGAAAUGAUUGAGAGCACGAGUGGGAAAGUUGAAAAAACAUAUAAGAGAAGUAGAAAACGGGCAAAUGUAGAUGGCGAUAAAAGAAGCAGUGUGGUUAGAAAAGAAGGAAGUGAGAUACUAGUAGACGAAGAAGCGGAAGAUGGAGAGACCCUUGCUAGCUUCUAUAAGAAAGUAAAGAAGAGGAGGCUUGAAGGCCGUUAAGACUGAAGAAGAAGAUGGUUGUGUUGUUUGUUGAUCCAAAUGUGUGAUUAUUCCAAGUCAUUCCAAAGGUAGAGGAGGUAUGUUGGUUUUCUACUUCUGACAAAGGCUUUUUUUGAUGAUGGGGGUGAAAUCUACCAUCCAUAAUGAUCAAUCUUUAGCUGCAACUUUUCUGGCAUGGUACAUGGAUGGUUGUUGUGAUACCCUUAAAACCCUGAAGGAGGUGAGAUGUAUUGGGCUGGUUUGGUUACUUGUUAUAUGUUUCUUACUGGGCUGGUUUGGUUUACUUGUUACCCGUGUUUCUUA